UCAAACUGCUUUGAGGCUGCGUGCGCCGCCAUUGACGUGCAUCCCCAAAACCCAUCGAUUUUGGCUCAGGCUUGUGUGUGGGCUCCCUUUAAUACUCCGCCCAAAACUGCAACCUGUUGCGUGUCGCGUUCCUCCAGAAUCCCAUGUCUCUGUCUUCGAGAUGAGAACUCAGCGUAUCCUGCAGUACCUCGCGCUGCUGUGCAGCCUUGGAUCCAGCUGCGUGGCGCACCCCUCAUUUCUUGCAUCGACCCCAAGGGUCUAUGCCCAGACUUCGAUGCGAGAUAACGGUGCAGGGCGACUAAAGGGCAAGUUCUUACAUAUCACUGACAUCCAUCCCGACCCAUUCUACAAGAUCUACUCAUCCACCGCCGACGAGGACGCUUGCCAUCGAGGAAAAGGCCCAGCUGGCUAUUACGGCGCGGAGACGAGCGACUGCGACAGUCCCGUGUCGCUGCUGAACGCAACUUUUGACUGGAUCAAGGAUAACAUCCGCGAUGAAAUCGACUUCGUCAUCUGGACCGGCGACUCGGCCCGGCAUGACAACGACGAGCGUAUACCUCGCAGCGAAACACAGGUAGUCUCACAGAACAAGCUAGUGCUGCAAAAGUUCUGGGAAGUCUUUGGCAAGCCGGACAAUGUGGAUGACCCGGAUCCUUACAACGACUUCAUAAUACCUAUCGUGCCCACGUUAGGCAAUAACGAUAUCCUCCCCCACAAUAUUUUUCUGGAAGGCCCCAACAAGUGGACCAAGACUUACUUGGACGUGUGGAGGCAAUUCAUACCUGAGGAGCAGAGACACCAGUUUGCGCGCGGUGGUUGGUUUUUCGUCGAGGUCAUUCCCAAUAGGCUGGCUGUCAUCAGCUUGAACACUCUUUAUUUUUUCGAUUCGAACUCGGCCGUCGACGGUUGCUCGUCUAAGAAACAACCUGGUUACGAGCAUUUUGAAUGGCUACGAAUACAGCUCGAGAUCAUGCGCUCGCGGGGCAUGAAAGUGAUACUCAUGGGCCACGUACCGCCAGCGCGCGUGGACAGCAAGAUGAGCUGGGACGAGACAUGUUGGCAGAAAUACGCUCUUUGGCAGAAGCAGUACAGAGAUGUAAUCGUGGGCAGCAUUUUUGGCCACAUGAAUAUCGAUCAUUUCAUGCUGCAGGAUUUCAAGGACAUCAAGAAGACUUUCAAGAAGGGCCGCGCGCCUGCCAGUCUUGGUAGAGCCAAGACGAAGAAUGCGGCGGGUGAGGAGUUCUCCAUCAUGUCGGCUCAGGAUUAUCUUAUCGACUUGCGCGAUUACUUCUCCAAAAUUCCGUCGAUUGGGGAGGUGCUCCGAUCCGGUCUAGAUAAGGAUGAAGAGAAGGACAGUGUCUCGUGGGCUGAUACUGUUCUGAGCGUGUUCAGAGGAAAGAAGGGCUCCGGCAAGGAUCAGAAUCCUCUCAGCAAGAUUGGUGGCGAGUUUGGUGAGAGAUACAGCGUGUCGUUCGUGGGGCCCAGCGUCGUGCCAAAUUUCUUCUCGACCAUACGCGUUUUCGAAUACAACAUAACGGGCUUGGAAGAUCUGAAUCUAGACGCCUUGCGCACCGACUCUUCUUCACCGUCGAAGGGAUCGGUCGAUCGAGCACAUCCGAAGCAGUUCUCCUUGUCGUAUGACCAGAGCAAAUUGUCAUUCAUCGAAGAGUUCGCCGAGGAUAUUGCACGUUCGCAUUUGACAUCGGACAAAGACGUAGAUGAGGAAAAGAAAAAGAAGACCAAGAAGUACAAGUUCAAGGUUCCCAAACCUCCUUCGAAGUCGUCGCCUCCAGGCCCUGCCUACUCCCCGCAGACGUUUACACUGCUUGGGUAUACCCAAUACUUCGCGAACUUGACUCAUAUUAACAACGAUUUUGCACAGUCCGUAGAGAGUGAAGAUGUCCAAGAUAUUGACGAGCAACGUUGGAAAGAAGGCAAGCACUCUGGUAAAGUCAAGAAGGGCAAGCCGCAUCCAAGGAAGUUCAAGUUUGAGGUGGAGUACGAUACCUUUAGCGACAAGAUCUACGGUCUCAAGGACCUAACUGUGCGGAGCUUCAUCGACCUGGCUAAGGUUAUUGGAAGCUCUGGGCACGCUGAGGAUGCUGCUUACAAUUAUGAGACUGAUGGUGUUGGCGCUGAUAGCAUUGACGAUACGGAGACGAAUCAAAGUAAUAAGAAGCCAAAAAAACGAAAAGCGAACAAGGUGUGGCACACGUUUGUCAAACGAGCUUUCGUUGGCACGAUAGAUCCACGAGAUUUCGAAGCGUUGAAUUCAGAAUUAGGUUCUGAAAUUACGACGUCCGCGGGUGAAGGAUCAGGAGGACUGGAGUUGUGACUAAAUCGCAUGGAGGCUGUUAGCCCUGGAUGAACGGCUGCUUUGAUACCCUGCUACGGAAUGAAUCGGUCCACAUUAUCAGGCGCAACAUUGCAUACGUAUGGGAUAUGGACGACGGACCACACAGGAAGUGCUCCGGUUCAUCUGUCGUCCACUCUUUUUCGACGCAUCUUGUUUCGUGAAGUUUUAUACUGGCUUUUCACCUUACCUGCAUUAUUAGCGUGAAUGCGAUGUU